UUGACACAUCUAUCUAGUUCUACACUUCAACACUUGCUAGUCUUUCAGCUUGAUUCCGAGAGCAUCUCAGCAUUCACAUCUCAUUUUCUGCAAGGACUACACUCUCUAUUAUUUAUUUUGAGCUGAGAAACGUGAGCAGGAAUAUGAGUGAUGAGGGACCCUUAUCCGACGGCAAGUGCUCUUCCUCUCAAGUCGAGUGCAAAGUCACCUUUGCCGGCCUUGACAGUCAGGAGAGCUCGUGAAAAAUGCCUGCUGUCUUGUGCUGUCAUUUCCGCAGAAACGCCGACCCCCAGCCCCGUCUGACGAAGAAACCAGCGGGAUCAGAGGUAUUGAGGAAGAGGAUUAAGUCGUUUUUACGUCAGCCGGACCACAUGAGGCGACGAAUGGCACACGCAACUCCACAGCUGACACAGGACAAGGCUGCCCACUCGACAGACGAGAAAAAAGUGUCGCUGGUGGCGGCCUCGAGUGAUGAGCCCCAGGAGGCCACAGGGCCCAAGGCUCGGGGCCGUGCUCCAACCAAAAAGAUGGCAACAAGUGACGAGGCGAAGGAGCCAGAGCUGACUGGAAACUCUGGCCCCGUCAACACGGCGCUGGAGGCGGAGUCUGACGAUGCCUCCGACUUCAUCAAGAAGACCUCCGAGACCCCCUCUCACUCCCCCCACUCCACAGCUCAGAGACGUUCUCCAACCAAAAAGGUUCGGUUCUGUGAUAAUGUGGAGGUGUUCUUCAUCUGCUUUGGUGAGGAGGAUCGACGGGGCCCCUGGAUGCAGAUGGCCCUGGACCGCGGCAGAUUCCUGGAACGCUGCCAGGAGGUGGAGAAGAGCAUUUCCUACUGCCUGCAGCCGCAGCACCGCAGCCUGAUGCAGGAAACAGCUGAAAACAGUGAACCCAGCAGCAGCCAAUCAGGGUCCAGUAACAAUGACUACGACCGUCUAAAAAGCGAGGGGUCGUCUGAUCUGUCUGACUCAACCGAAGUGCCACUGGGGAUGGCUCCGAGUGAAAAGCAGCAGGAGGUGGAGCCGACUGCAAGCUGUGUACCCGUCAACAUGGAGAAGGAAGAGUCGUACACCAAUCGGCCAUAACAUUAUGACCACUGACAGUGGAAGGGAAUAACAUUGAUUAUCUUGUUACAAUGGCACCAGUCAGUGGGUGGGAUACAUUAGGCUGCAAGAAAAUAUCAAAAGCCUUGCCAUUCCUGUACAAUUGUUCAAAAACACCUGUCCAAGACAUAUCCAAAAUAAAUUGAAUGCUGCUCUUGGUCUUUUUUGAAAGGUAACACUCUGAAGUUGUAUCCCAAACAGUCAGAGUCACUGUAAGUGCAUACUCGCAUUGAGUCACCUAAGCUGGAACACACUGAAUUUCAAGGAUCUGUUUUAUCGCCUGAAUAUGUUUUGUAAUCAAAUGCCUUCAGAAUACUGUAGCUGGGACCUAUUAGCUGGCAAACACAAUGAGACCACAUCAUAAAGCCUUACCUAGUCCCAGUUCAAAUUGGAUAAGAAUGCUGGAAAAAAAAAUAUAUUUUACACGUUUUUCCAAGGGUAUGUCCAGGCACUCUCCAAAAGUGGCCGUUUGGAGACUCUAAAAGGACGCACGGUAACCACAAAAAUGUUUUUUUUUCUUUCUUUCUCACAGUGCAGAUGAAUCUAAUAGACAGACAUCUUAAUCACCUAUUAUUGUGGACUCCUUGGGUUGUGGUGGGAUAGUGAUGAAAACUCAGUCCUGUCUGAAAGUUUCUGGGAUCCAAAAAAUAGCAGCCAUUGUUACUGGGUGCUCACAGUUAAUGGUUUUCUUUGUGUGGAGCAUCAGGCUUGUGGCAGAGGUUUCGGUCGGGUGUCUGAGUUCAGAGUCGGAGACGCGGCGCCUCUCCAGGCUGAUGAUCCCAUAAUGAACUGUGACUGUGACUCUCAUCUGUUAGUGAGAAUACGGCACUCAGAGAAGCUGGCACCGACUAAAACGAGCCAGGACAGAGAUAUGCUUAGUCUUAAAGCAGUCCGGACAAUCGCCAUGCUCUGCUGUGACAGAAGUGGGACCCACUUUAACGCUGAGCGCGUUCCACAAGCCCAUCAACCUCGCUCUUCCUCUUUCCAAAUCUAACAUAAUCCCCCCAUUUGUCCCCCAAAGUGACAAUUUCUUGAGCCCCGCUGUCUGAGGAGGGGAAGCAAUAGGAACUGAGAGAAACUACAGAGUGAAAGGAAGCCAGUGCAGGAGAGAGACAAAGAGAGAUUAAGCACAAUCAUGAGCGUGUUUCCGUUAAGUCCCGAGCUUUCAAGCACUUCCAAGCGGGUCCCCGCCAAGUCAAAUGAGUUGAUAACAUGCAUGGGCCCCGUCAGUGCAGCUGUCCUGUGAAGUGCAUGCCCAGCCGAGUGCUUUCUUCCAUUAGUGAAGCGCGGCGCUGGUGGGUGUUCCAUGGCAACCCCUCAAAACACCAACACGAGCAUGAAAUCAAAGCCGAGGGGGUUUAAUCAGCGGCUUCAAAUACGAGAUGUUAGGGGCACAGUCACACUGUGGGCAGCCAGUUAUGGGGCAAUUAAAAAAAAUCACGGUGGCCGUUUCUAUGGGGACUGCUGGUCUGGAGGGUUUGAGCAUGUGUCUACCACAAAGUGUAGGAUAAUGGCAGUGUGGUGUCAUUCAUGGACAAGUGCUCUUGAACACAGCGGGCGGCUGUAAAGCAGUGGGCGGCAGGGCUUUUUAGAAGCACCUACAGUACUACUGCCCCACAAGGCCUUUUAGUGGGAUUAAUCUGUGUGUCUGUGAUGCCACUCUUCUGAGUCGCUAGUAAAGUCUCUCUAAACAGUGUUCUCCCAUUGUUCCAACACCAUUAUCAACAUGACUGAGAAAAUUGAUAUGUUCAUACUGGCUGUUUUCAGUAGUUACCUUCAGACACCGCUGUUUACUUUGUGACAACCUGAGCAGUUUAAUAAAAAUUAAAAAAAAAUGUUAAAAGCGA